AUGAUCCUUGGUGUUCUUGUCCUCAAUGGUAUUGCCAAGGUAUAUGACCCAGGUAUUGCCAAGGUAUAUGACCCAGGUAUUGCCAAGGUAUAUGACCCAGGUAUUGCCAAGGUAUAUGACCCAGGUAUUGCCAAGGUAUAUGACCCCCAGGUACUCAAGGUAUAUGACCCAGGUAUUGCCAAGGUAUAUGACCCAGGUACUGUCAAAGCAUAUGACCCAGGUAUUGCCAAGGUAUAUGACCCAGGUACUGCCAAGGUAUAUGACCCAGGUAUUGCCAAGGUAUAUGACCCAGGUAUUGCCAAGGUAUAUGACCCAGGUAUUGCCAAGGUAUAUGACCCAGGUAUUGCAAGGUAUGACCCAGGUAUUGCCAAGGUAUAUGACCCAGGUAUUGCCAAGGUAUAUGACCCAGGUAUUGCCAAGGUAUAUGACCCAGGUAUUGCCAAGGUAUAUGACCCAGGUAUUGCCAAGGUAUAUGACCCAG